CCGCUCGCCAGCCCAGUAGUUCCGUGCUGUGUGUGGGGAAGAUGGCGGCUGAGGAGGCUGUAGUGGCAGCGCUGGCCCGGCUGCCCCCCGAACAGGAGGAGCAGGAGGAGGAGGAGGCGGCUGGAGAGAUCAAUGGCGUGGUUGUGUCUGGAAAAAUGGAUAACAAACUAGAUGUGUACAUGUCUGAAGCAGAAAUGAAAAACAAAGAGGAAAGAACAGAACAAGAGUCUAUAAGGGAGUCUGAUAGUACUAUUUUGGAUGCCUCAUCUGAUUCUCCAAGAGAGAAACAUAUUUCAAUUCAAAAACAGCUUGCUGAUCUAGAGAAACUAGCUGACCUGAGUGAAAGUGAGUUUACCUCAGCUGUUACCCAGAAUACAGAUCAACAUGUUGCAGCUGGAAAGAAGCCUUGCCCACUGUGUCCUGAAGAGAAAUUCAAAGCUUGCUAUAGUCAUAAGCUCCAUCGCCACCUUCAAAAUUUGCAUUGGAAGGUUUCUGUUGAAUUUGAAGGAUACAGAAUGUGCAUCUGUCACUUACCUUGUCGCCCAGUGAAGCCAAACCUCAUUGGAGACCAGAGCUCUACGAAGAUGGGAGCCCAUUAUCACUGCAUCAUCUGUUCUGCAACCAUCACGCGAAGGACUGACAUGAUAGGGCAUAUUAAGCGCCAUGUGAACAAAGGAGAAACUGAGUCCAGGUAUAUUGCAGCCCCUGCUCCUAAGUCUUCUCAUGAAGUGCUGAAAGAGGCAGACACAGAUGUACAAGUUCUUCCUAACUACUCCACACCUCAGAAAUCAGAUUCCUAUUUUAAUCCCAAAAUGAAACUCAACAGGCAACUGAUAUUCUGUGCAUUAGCUGUUUUGGCUGAAGAACGGAACCCCUUAGAAUGUUUGGAUGCAUUUGGGGCCACCGGUAUAAUGGGAUUACAGUGGGCAAAGCACCUUGGAAAUUCUGUGAAGGUUACGAUUAAUGAUUUCAAUGAAAAUUCCGUGACAAUGAUUCAGGAAAACUGCCAUUUAAACAAGAUGAAGGUGAUGAUGAAUACUAAGGAAGAGGACGACUGUGAUGAAACUAUGGAAGAAGGAGAGGAAAAUGUAGGCAUUAUUGAAGUGACAAAAAUGGAUGCUAAUGUCAUAAUGCACUUGAGAUCCUUCGAUUUUAUACACCUGGACCCAUUUGGAACAGCUGUGAACUACCUGGAUUCUGCAUUCAGAAAUGUAAGAAAUCUUGGAAUAGUAUCAGUGACAUCCACAGACAUCUGUUCUCUGUAUGCAAAAGCUCAGCAUGUGGCCCAGCGUCACUACGGCUGUAACGUUGUCAGAACGGAGUACUUCAAGGAACUGGCAGCUAGAAUAGUAGUUGCUGCUGUGGCAAGAGCUGCAGCUCGAUGUAACAAAGGCAUUGAAGUUUUGCUUGCAGUAGCUCUAGAACACUUUGUCCUAGUAGUGGUGAGAGUUUUGAGGGGACCAUCUCCUGCAGAUGAUUCAGUCAAGAAAAUUCGGUAUCUUAUCCACUGCCAGUGGUGUGAGGAGAGGAUUUUUCAGGAGGGUAAUAUGGUAGAAGAAAACCCUUACCGGCAACUAUCUUGUGACUGCCAUGGCAGUAUGCCUGGGAAGACAGCAGUAGAGCUUGGUCCUCUGUGGUCAGGGUCCCUCUUUAACACUGGAUUCCUCAGAAGAAUGCUGUUUGAAGCUGUUCAGCACGGCUUAGAUGAGAUUCAGCCACUUGUAAAGACAUUAAUUUGUGAAGCAGAAUGUACAACUCUAAAACAGUUUUCAAUCCAUGGUCCUGCCAGCCAGAACAAACAAGAAGAAUGUGGCGUCUUUAUUAAAACACCAGAUACUGCAGCUGACUACUAUGUGGUACAAGGUAAAAGGAAAAGUAAUGAAAUGAGUAAAAACAUAGCAAAAAGACAGAAGUCCGAAAGCAAUGCUGAGCACCCUGCAUUUUACUAUAAUAUCCAUAGACAUAGUAUCAAAGGAAUGAACAUGCCAAAGUUAAACAAGUUCUUACAGUAUCUGUCCCAAGCUGGGUAUAGAGUAAGCCGAACCCAUUUUGAUCCCAUGGGAGUUCGCACAAAUGCACCCUUGGCACAGUUUAAAUCUAUCCUUGUGAAGUACAGCACACCCACGUACACUGGGGGGCAGGCAGAAGGCCCUGUCCAGUCCACUGAAGAUGCCCAGGCAGGAGACAAUGUCCAAGCUGCUGUAGAUGACAAGUCAGGAGACAUGGAGUUCACAGAAGAUGGGAGGAACUAGUUGCAAAUCUGAAGAUCGAAGGCAAUGGGGUGAAUGUGAUCACAAAAUGAUAGACUUCAUGUUUCUAAGGAAAAGAAUGAGUGAGAACAGCAGAAUAUGGGCAAUGGACUUCAAAAAAAGCAUACUUCGACAAUAUUUCUCUGUUAGUAUGGAACUCUUCCAAAUUCAGAGAGCUGGUAAGUAAGAAAAUCUAAGGGAAAAAAGUUUUAGAAAGCUGGCAGUUUCUCAAAGAGACAAGAUUAAAGGCACAACAGCAAAUUAUCCUUAUGCUAUAGGAAAAAUAGUAAGAAGUCAAUAUGGCUCCAUCAGAAUCAGAAAAUCAAAAAGGAAUCCUACGAAAAGUGGAAACAUGAAUGGAAAAUGAAUACAAAAGACCUGUACAACCAUGUAGGACAAAAUGAGUUACACCUAGCAAAAAACAUAAAAGGCAAUAAAAGAGGUUUUCUACAUACAUGAGCAAGAGAAAGACCAAGGAAAGUGUGGGUCCUCUACUUAAGGAUGGAAAACUAAUAACUGACAGCAUCAAGAAGGCUGCGGUGUUUAAUACAUAUUUUGCCCCAGUCUUUACUAAAAAGGUAAUUUGUGAUCCAAUACUUAACACAAUAUUAACUUAGGGGAAGAAACCCAAGCCAAACUAGGGAAAGAACAGGUUAAAGAAUAAGGUCAUGUCUACACUAGUGAGCUUAGAAGCACAGCUGUACCAGUCUUACAGUGGCACAGCUGAGCGACACCCAUGAGCAACAUAAAUUUUGCUGACAGAAGUGAUAGUGUAGACUUGGUCUAAGUUAAAAUGUAUUCAAGUUGGCAAGACCUUAUGAAAUUUACACUAGAGCAUUUGAAGUAGCUGAAGCAAUCACAGAACCAUUAGCAAUUAUCUUUGAAAACUUAUGGAGGAUGUGUGCAGUCCCAGAGGACUAGAGAAGGAGAAACAUAGUACCUAUCUUUAAACAAGGGAACAAAGAGGACAUGGGAAACCAUAGACCAGUCAAUCUAAUGGCGAUACCUGGAACAAAUUAUGAAUCAAUUUGUAAGCUCCUAGAGAAUAACAGGGUUCUAAAUAUAUGCUAAUACUGGAUUUGUCAAGGACAAAUCAUACAAAACUAAUUUCUUUCUUUGAUAAGGUUACUGGUCUAGUGGAUGGGGGAAAACUGUAGACAGGAUAUCUUGAUUUUAGUAAGGCUUGUGACACAGUCCCACAUGACAUUCUCUUAAGCAAACUAGGGAAAUGUUGUCUACAUGAAAUUACUAUAAGGUGGGUUGUAGCGAGGAGGUGCGACUCCUGCUCUGUCAGAAGGGGAAAGACCUGAGAUUGCCCUCCUGCUGGGCAGAACCAGACCACCUGCAGCCACCUCACCGGAAGCAGAGGGGCAGGACAGGAAGCUGGACUAUAAAAGGCCAGCCUCCUAGCUCAGUAGGGGGAGAGUUGCCAGAAGAGCAAGACAUCUCUUCCUUGCUGCUAGGGCCUGGAGCUGAAGGAGAUGGCUGCCUGACCAGAGGAGUUACCUGAAUUACCAGAGACCAGCAACACCAACGAACUGUCGGGGCUGCCACUGGCAGUUUACCCUGGAGAGACUGAGGACAACCCCAGAACCCAGGUGUCCCAAACUGGGGUGGGUAGGAAGGAGUCCAGGAGCACCGAAUAGGGUUCAGCUGUGGAAUUAUUGUGAACUGGCCAUGAUGUUGCAGGAAGAUCCCUGCUGACGUAGUGACAAACUACCCCGCCACUAACAGGGCCCUGGGCUGGAACACAGUGGAGUGGGAGGGCCUGCAUCUCCAUAGCCCGGGUACCCCAUCUGUUGAAGGUGGCCACCUCCCCACUAGAGGCCAGGAGGCCUGAAUUUGUCUGGUGCCCGCCAAAGCUAGGGCACCAGGCACACUUGCUGUCGCUCCCAGAUGAGAACUAAUUCCCCACCCUGAACUGCUGGACUGUAUUGCACAGACUCAGCCUGAGCUGUAAACUGAAUUGCCCUGAAAGAGGGACUUGGGGGGGAGAGACUAAUUAAGGCCUGGGCUGAUUGUCAGCCAGGCCUGCUAACUGCCCUGACUAAGGGACUGCGCAGAGGGACUAACUGCUACUUGGAUUAAUCACGAGGUGGACUCACUAGCUGGGAGCUGCACCCUGCUUGAGAAAAAUCGAGGCAGCACAGCCUCCCGCCCUGUCAGAAGGGGGGAGAUGCACGCCCCUUUUUACAUGGAGAUGCACAACUAGUUGAAAGAUCGUACUCACAAAGUAGUUACCAGUAGUUUGCUGUCAUACCGGGGAGGACAUAUCUAAUGGGGUCCCAAAGGGUCUGUCCCUGAGUCUGGUCUCAUUCAGUAUUUUCAUUAAUAACUUGGAUAAAUACGGGGGGAGUAUGCUUAUAGAAUCUGCAGAUGACACCAAGCUACAAGGGGUUGCUAGCACUUUGGAGGGCAGGAUUAGAAUUCAAAAUGACCUUGUUAAAUUGGAGAACUGGUCUGAAAUCAACAAGAUGAAAUUCAAUACACUUUGGAAGGAAAAAUCAAGUGCACAAAUACAAAAUGGAGAAUAACCAGAUAGGCAGUAGUACUGCAGAAAAGAAUCUGGACCAUCCCCGAUGUGGUCCCAGCACAGAUACCUACCAAAAAUCAAACUUUUAUUGUUCGUAUAGAUAAUUUAAAAACAAACACCUAAACAACAUGGAAUGUAUGUUGGAGGACAGCUGGAAGCACAAAGCAUCUGCAAACCAUUAUAUCCCACAAAUUGUGACAACUUUCUUCUCAUCAAAAUAGCCCCAGACAUUUCUUGACCCUAAACAGUGGGAGGAAAGAGAAAUCCUAAUUAUGUUUUUCUAUGAAGGGCAUAAGGAGAGGGAGAUAUUUUAUAUUCAGUAUAAUCAUGGCUUGAUGUUUGAUCCAGCCCUAAGUUGUGUUAUAACGAAGGGCUGAGGUUUAGAGUGCACAAUAUAGUUUCAUCUUAGACUUUAUCAAAUACCACUUUUCUGGUAAGUGAAUAAAACUACUUAUCUUACAAUACAUUUAUCCUCAAAUAUAGUUGCAGUUGUAAAACUUAGGAAAACUUGACACUGCAUAUUUUUAUAAAAGUUCAACCCCAAUGCUAUGAUCCUACUCCACAUAUUCCAAGUCUUCUGUCUCCAUUUAUGUUGGGAAGGUCAUUAGCACACACGUAAAUCACCAUGCAUAAAAACUGAUUUUGCUGGGGUUCCCAAGUAGGGCAUACCAAACCAAACGUCAUCUUUUCAUAUCACUGAAUGAUAAUUAUUUUGUGUCCCACCCAACAGAAUAACUUGUUAUACAUGCCAUGGCAGCCAUUGAAAAAGUUUGACAUUACCUAGUGUUAUCACACAUGUACAUCCCAUGCUAAGGCCCUGAUCCAAAACCCACUGAAGUAAAUGGGAAUUUUUCAACUGAUUUCAAUGGACUUUAAAUGAGGCCUUACAAGUUUGCGGCGGAAACUGAGGCACCAGAUUCCACUGUGUGGUGUUGGCACGUGUAUCCCGAAAGCAUCUCCCAGCCCUCUGUCUAGAAAACUGCACAUAAUAGUGGUGUUAGACAGUGCUAGAUUGUACUGGUGGAUGUAUAAUGCAAAUGGUUUCUUUUGUAGACUGAAACAGGAAGUGAUUGAAUUUACAGUAUUGUGUUCACAGCAUUUUUGCUUUAUUAUGACAAAUGUGAGAUGUUAGGUAGGACUUGAAUUUCAGAUAUUAUAACUGUUCAAUUUACCAUACCUAACAAGCACAAGGUACCAAAAAUGAAGAUCUAGCUAAACAGGAAGGCAGUAUGAAAGUUGUUUUGAAAAGUAAAAUUGUUUAUAGCACUAAAAAGUCACAGUGCAUCAAUGGUAUAAUCAAACACCUACAUAAUAUAUAUUUUUAAAGAACAUAAAUAUUUAGUAAAUUCACUAUGACAUGAAAAUAAGUUUCACAUUCUUCCACACUUUUUUAAACUGUGGACAAAAAAAAGACAUUCUCUAGACAGAAACAGCUCAGCUUCACAAAUACUCCUUUGCUCCUUAAACAUUCUUAGAUAUCACACACAGAAUUUGCCAUUCUGCUGCAGCUAACCUAGAAGUUUCUCCAUAAAAUCUAAGUAUCACAAAAACAGGAUUAUAUUUAGUGGACAUGCACUAGUAAUCUAUACAAUUGAACAUUACACCAAGUAAUACUGAAUAAAACAACAUUUGAAAAUAAAUCCUCGCCCUCCAAUAUGCUUGGUGACUGGAAAUGUCAGUUUCAUGGCACAGAUUACAAAAAGAGUAGUAAAAACAUUUUAGAUAACAAAAAGAAAUAUUAAAAGUUAUUCAAGAAGCCUAUGAAUUUUUCAUAUAGAGAUGAAACUGACCCACAACAGCUGUCAAAAUGGACAUAUAUUUACAAAUGUUAGACUUGAAUGACAAGGAGUAGUGGAAAGCUUGUUCCUUUCCAACAGAAACCUAGGGAUUUGAAAGUGUACAAAUCGCAUAUACUUUAGAAACUCAUCCAUCUUAACUGUGAGCAAGAUAAGAAGGGAGAAGACAAAGUGUAAUAUUCCUCACCUGCUUUAAGGGUCUUUUCACUUUCAGCUUCUAAACUAGAGACAGGAAGGCUGUACUGAUAAAACCUUAGAGCAAAGAGAACAUCACUGUGCUAUUUCCCUAACAUUGCGUAUUCUCUUUAGCUGCAGCAAAGCAUCACCACUAGGUGAAGGCAGGGUUCACCCCAGAAAAAAAAAACCCACC